ACAAAAAAAAAACAUCUUUUUUAUCGCGGUACAAAACAGUUGAUUAAUAAUUUGCUCGUCAUUCAGUUCCUAAAGUGCAGUCAGUGAGAGUGGACAAAAUGCUUAAAGCUCGCGGAAUUUGCGUGAGUGCUAAUCAACUAAGGUGCUUCUCAGCCCAAGCUCAAAAAGCUACCGCUUCUAAUUUUGACGAUGAAGCCAUUGAGAGAAGUUGGAGCACCGCCAAACCAUAUGUAACAAUUCCUGGACCUUCAAUAUUGAACCUUAUUCGGAGUUUUCUACCAAAAGGAAAAUUUGAGUCUCAACCAUUUCCUGAAAUUCAUCGACAAUUGCGUAAUGAAUAUGGACCAAUAUACAAACUUACUGGAACUUUUGGGAAGAGAGACAUAGUUGUGGUUAAUGAUCCAAAAGAUUUUGAGAUUGUAUUCCGAACUGAAGGGACUUAUCCCAUGAGAAGAGGCCUAGAUUGUCUUUCUUACUAUCGAAAGGAAUACAGAAAAGACCAAUACCCAGUUACAUAUGGCUUGGUCACUGAACAGGGAGAAUCCUGGUGGGAUCUUCGGCAUAAAGUAAAUGGAGUAAUGAUGAAGCCUCAAGUCACUAAAGGAUAUACAUCCGCUGUCGAUGAAGUGGCUAGAGAUUUUGUAAAAAAGUUGCACAAUAUGAGAGAUUCAAACUCAGAAACACCAGCAAAUUUGCUUUAUUUCUUGAAUGUCUGGGCACUGGAAUCAAUUGCAUACAUCACAAUGAAUUUGAGAUUGGGUCUUUUGGAUAAAAAACCCGAUGAAAAUAUUGACAAACUCAUGGUGUAUUUGAAAGAAUUCUUUGAAUUAUUGAUUGAACUUGAUUUAACACCAUCCAUUUGGAAAUUCUACAAAACACCAAAAUUUAAUCGCUUCAUGGAAAUUAUGGACUUUAUGCAUUUGACUGUUGGAAAACUCGUGGCUCAAGGAGUGGAAAACUUAAAAGAACAAAAACUGCAAAACGAAAAUAGAGAGAAAAGUGUUUUGGAAAAACUAUAUGAUAUUGAUAAAGAUGUUGCAGUGCUUAUGGUUCUUGAUUCAUUGACGGCUGGUGUUGAUACGACCUCAUCAGCUGUUUUUACUGUACUCUACAAUCUAUCAAUGAAUCCAGAGAAGCAGAACAUUUUGAGGUCAGAAUUGUUAAAAAUUCUACCAGAGAAAGAUACUCCACUGACAAUAGAAAACACAACCAACAUGCCUUAUUUGAGAGCGUGUAUUAAGGAAGCUUUGAGAAUCAUGCCAAUUACACUCGGCAAUGUGAGAUCUACUGGUCGUAAUAUCGUCCUUAAAGGAUAUCAGAUACCAAAAGAAACCGAUGUUUUUAUGAAUGCAACAGCUGUACACAAAGAUGAACACUACUUCCCGGAUCAUGAUUCUUUCAUUCCCGAAAGAUGGUUAAGAGGUGAAGGGAAACAUGAGAACUACAACCCUUUUACGUAUCUGCCAUUUGGAUUUGGAAGCAGAAUUUGUGUUGGACGACGUUUUGCAGAAAUGGAAAUUGAAUCACUGGUAUCGAGAUUGGUGAGGAAUUACCAUCUGGAAUGGCAUCAUGCUCCCCCAAAGAUUCGUACAACGAGCAUAAAUAUCCCACAGGGAGAUCUCAAACUUCGUCUCACAGAUUAUCAGUGAUUAAUAAAAUCCCAAAUAAAUUUAUACACUGAGAAAAAAA